AUGGAAGAAGAAUUGCCAUUGAAACUUAUUGAACUAUCUGAUUUUCUUCGUCAACCAUCAUUACUUUCCAAAAGACUUCAAUUUAAACAGAUUAAAAAUGAAAAUUUAUCAUCAGAAAAAUUACUUAAAAAUGAUCAAGGAUCAAAUGGAUUGAAAUUUAAAGAUACAAAAGCAGGUAUUAUUUUAUUAAAACAAAAAGCAAUAUUCAAUGAUAAUCAUAUUUCUCAAGAAGAAACAAAACAAAAAGAAUUAAUUAUACCUAAAGAUGUAAUUGUAUUUGCUGAUGAUAUGGAUCGAAAAAGACUUGGAAUAUUUCAAAAAUCAAAUAAUCAAUUUUCUAGACAUUUGUUAAUUACAUCUGGGGCUGCACUUCAAGCACUUGUAGCUCCAUUAACUAAUGCAAAAGAAUGGCUUAUUGUAUGUAAACUUAAAUAUUGUAAACGUUUUACAAAACAACCAUCAAUUCAAGGAAAUGUUGUUAUUUCACUCAAUGUAAGUCAUCCAUUAGUUCGAUAUGAAAUUCUUACUGCACUUGAUUUAUUACAACAAUCAUUUAACGAAGUUAAAUCAGCUUAUAUCGUGAUUGAUUUUUCACACAUAUUAAUUCGAUGGUUUAAAACUUACCUUCGUCGAACUGAUCAAUAUCCAUCACUAUCUCAUCGAUUAUUAUAUCGAUAUCAAUUUCAAACAUUGAAAUGUUCAGUUACAUUAGGAAAACGACAAUAUCAUCAUGAGAACGAUCAUUAUCAAUUUGGAAAUAGUUUGCAAAAAAUUCUUCGUAAAUCUGAUAUUCCAAUGCAAAUUUAUAUUGAUUUCAAUUCUUUACCAACAAAUGUGUAUUCAAUUGAAUUAAAUAAUAUAUUUAUCUAUUCAAUGAAUAAUGCAUAUAAACAAAUAACAAAAGAUAUGGGCAAUGGUUUAUCAUUAAUUUCUAUACAAGAUUUUAAUUCUUCUCAAGAUCGAGAAAAUAAAUUGAAUAAUAAUAAUAGUUCUGCUCUUGUAAAGAAAGAAGAAGUUUCAAAAGAAAAAUUAUCUAUUGAACAACCACCAUCGUCAUCAACACAGCAACAAUCACAACAUGAUGAAGAAGAAGUAAAUUCAACUAUUUCAUUAUGUGAACCAAAUGAACAAGAACGAAUAUUAUUUGAAAAACUUUGGGAAAAUCGAACACGAAUUCAGAUGCAACAUCAACAAUUAAUGAUGAAAGCAGCACGAUUGUUAUGCUUUACAUCUGUUGAUAUUAAUCAAUCAUUCAAUAGAAAAAAUAAUCAAUCUGAUUUACAAACCAUAAAAUGGAAUUAG